UACACUAUAAUCUCUCCAAACGACGCCAUGGCAGAAGCUGACGCUUCACCAUCUCCGAGAGCAACAAUUCAAUCUCCAUACAAUCCUUUUCAAUCUUCUACUCCAGAUCCUUAUCCAAUUCCGAUUCCUUUUCCUAACUCUAAUUCUACUAUUCUGAUUUCAGAAUCACAUUCCCAAUCUAAUUCAACUCAACCACCUUCUAAUCCUAUUCUUCCACCAAAAACUACUUUAAACACAAACCCUAAUUCCGCACCUCCGUUUUUGGCGCCUUUGAUCAACCUUUAUGGUGCUCCAUCGUUAUUUCGACCCGCCGGAGCUCCGGGUCCAUCAGUUUCUCAGUUCACUCCAACACUUAAAAACCCGAAUAUGCAAGGGUUCCCGACGCAACCACGUAAGCUUGGAGUUCUGCCGGCAGGAGUUAGUGCUGGACAAUCGACAAUGGUGGCUGGACAGCCAAUUCAUAGACCGCCUUAUAUGGCUAUGCAUAGUGGUUGUAUGCAACCUCCUAAUCUUCAUCCUGGAAUCAUCAAGAUCUCAGGUCCAUGCACUAAUUUUCUCAUUGAGAUGUUAGUGAUUGGGGGACUUUUGUUUGGAGACACAAGACUUAGGACUUUCAUGUCCAUGUCUUAAUUUCCCCAAGAACAUAAAUCUUGGGACUUCCAUGUCCAUGUCUCCAAAUAAACAAGAGAACUAAGAUAAAGAAGACUUAUACAAAGUUUCAAUGUUUCAUGUCAUCCCAACAAGCACUUCCAAGAUUGUUUGUUAAAUUGUAGUCAAUGCAUCAAACUAGCAGCUUGACAAAUUUGCAUGUUGCUUGAGGAGAUCAUUUUGAGGUAUUUUGCAACAGGUUGGAGUUAGCUUAGCCCUAGGGUUGACAAAACUCGAUAUGUAACACUCAUCAAAAGUCUACAACCAUUUAAAGUUCCACC